UGGCGAGUGGACCUUGCCCCCACACGCCGGCACUCCGGACAGAGCACUGCCCUCACCACCAUGGAGGGUCUGCUGCGCCUCGCCCUGCUCCUGGGUGCCCUGGCCGGCCUCCUGCUGCCCGGGGGGAGCGUGUUCUCCGGCCGCGAGCGCGCGCACAGCGUCCUGAGGUCCCGCAGGGCCAACACAGUCUUCGAGGAGCUGAAGAAAGGCAACCUCGAGAGGGAGUGUCUGGAGGAGGCCUGCUCCUACGAGGAGGCCCGGGAGGUCUUCGAGGACAACGAGAAGACGACUGAAUUCUGGAACAAAUACAAAGAUGGAGACCAGUGCGAGAACAACCCUUGCCAGAACCAGGGCACCUGCAGAGACGGCCUCGGGGAUUACUUGUGCACCUGUGCAGAAGGCUUUGAAGGCAAAAACUGUGAGCUCUUCACCCGGAAGCUCUGUCGGCUGGACAAUGGCGACUGCGAGCAGUUCUGCCAGGAGGUGCAGAACUCGGUGGUGUGCUCCUGUGCCAAGGGCUACACCCUGAGUGACAACGGCAAGUCCUGUGUCUCCACAGAGGUUUUCCCGUGCGGGAAGCUCACUGCAGGACGGGGACGCAGGAGGAGGUCAGUGGCACAGGUCACCAACAGCAGUGAGAGGGCACCUGUGUUGGAGCAGGACCUUCUGGAUGAGCUGAGCGCCACAGAGGACCCUUCUGACCUCCUCUACUUCAACAGCUCCGACCCGGGGACAGCAGGCAGCGACCUCGGCCGCAUUGUGGGCGGCCAGGACUGCAAAGAGGGGGAGUGCCCCUGGCAGGCUCUGCUUGUCAACGAGAACAACAAGGGGUUCUGCGGGGGGACCAUCCUCAAUGAGCACUACGUCCUCACCGCGGCCCACUGUCUCCGCCAAGCCAAGCGGUUCACGGUGAGGGUAGGUGAGCGGAACAUGGAGGAGGAGGAGGGCAAUGAGGUGACACACGAGGUGGAGGUGGUCAUAAAGCACAACAAGUUCAACCCGCACACAUACGACUGCGACAUCGCAGUCCUCAAGCUGAAGACGCCCAUCACCUUCCGCAUGAACGUGGCCCCCGCCUGCCUGCCACAGAAGGACUGGGCUGAGGCCACGCUGAUGACACAGAAGACAGGCAUCGUGAGCGGGUUUGGGCGCACACACGAGAAGGGCCGUCAGUCCAGCAUCCUCAAGAUGCUGGAGGUGCCCUACGUGGACCGCAACACCUGCAAGCUGUCCACAGGCUUCGCCAUCACGCAGAACAUGUUCUGUGCCGGCUAUGAUGCCAAGCUGGAGGACACCUGCCAGGGGGACAGUGGUGGCCCCCAUGUUACCCGGUUCAAGGGCACCUACUACGUGACUGGCAUCGUCAGCUGGGGAGAAGGGUGCGCGAGGAAAGGGAAGUUCGGGAUCUACACCAAGGUCACUAACUUCCUCAAGUGGAUCGAGAAGUCCAUGCGGGCCAAGGUGCCCCCCAGGCCAGAGACCCCAGCGCCAACCACGCCUGCCCAUUAAAGGAACCGACUCUGGGCACCCAC